UCACAUUCAGCUGGAAUCCCCACCCCGUAAUUCGACCUUCCGAUGGGGUUCUGUUGCAUAUUUGUCAAAGCAGCUGUUGCGGUGGGGGUGCAGUUUGAAUCAGGGCUGUGCUGGGGAGUCCAACCCUUCAUGUAUAUUGGAAGCUGCUUUAUACUGAGUCAGUCUCUUGGCCUGCCUAGCUCAGGACUGUCUACUCUGACUAGCAGCAGCACUCCAGGCGUUCAGAUGGGUAUUCCCCAGUCAUACCUGGAGGUCGAUUAAACCUGGAACCCGUGGAAACGUGAUGGCCGAUGUCAGACAAUGGAUUUGGCUGUGUUUUGAUGUUCUUAUGGGUGAACUGAUAGGAUCAGGCAGACGGAGAGAGAAAGGUUCUAGGUGUGGUGUUCCAAGGUGUCCUGGAGAAAGAUCGAGAGCGGUGCCAGGAAGAAUGCCACUAAAGGACACCAGCAAAAAGGGGUCUGUGGAAGCCAUCUUUGGGAGAAUAGACCAGCCAGGCCGAUGAGGGCCGCCUUCUCUUGAUCUCCCAUGGUGAAGAAGGCCAAGCUGCAGUGGUGAGUAAUGGGUCUCAGCUGGACCCCUUCCUCUCCUGUGCCUGGUGUGCAGAGGGCAUCACACCACCAGGAGACUUGAACAAAGAGGACGACUCACCCAGGCUUUAAGGGCUGUUUCAUAACCCCUGCGUGCCAUUCAAAGGGCUCACUGCCUGUGUUGCUGUCAUGUGGAUGGCCCUCCACCCCUCUGCCGAAGGAGGAGUUGGGCAUUUUCCCUUUAAAGUGGGGAGAGAAAGGGUUCUUUCUUUGCCAUAAACUCCUGCUAAUCAAUUACUUUGGGGAAGAGAUAAAUAAAGCAGCCAUAUCAUCAGAAGUCAAGCCAGGGAGAACUUGAGGGAACAGAGAGAGAGAGUGUGCGUGUGUUUUAUCUUGGCUGCGGGACUGACACCCCAAGGAAGAAGGAGGGAGAACUGGAGAAGCCAAGAACAGGGGAACGAAAACCUGGACAAGGCAGCACCUUGGGACCUUCAGCCUGUUUGCCUGCAAGCCAAGGAAGCCCCCUUGGAAGCAAAGUCUGCAUCUGCCAGCCCAAAGCUGUUACUGGAGAACGUCUGGUCUCACCUUUCCGUUCUCUGACUUGCAGGAGGAAGAGCUGGGUGCAAAGGUAUCUUGGAGGUUCCACAGCCUACAGCAGCAGUCCCACAAAGUGGCCGCGAUGUCCGUGCCCACCUCGCUGCCGAUGCUGGCUGCCUCUAAUGCCACCGCUGAACCCCCAGCUGGCAACAGGACUAAUGGGACCAGCUCAGGAGACCAGCAGGUGCUCAUCCCUCACGAGCUCUUCCUGACCCUGGGGGUGAUGAGCUUCGUGGAGAACCUGCUGGUGAUCGCGGCCAUCACCAGGAACCACAACCUGCAUUCUCCUAUGUACUAUUUCAUCUGCUGCCUGGCGGUCUCCGACAUGCUGGUGAGCGUCAGCAACUUGGGGGAGACUCUCUUCAUCCUGCUGAUAGAACACGGGCUGCUGGUGGUCGAACUGAAUAUGGUGAAGUGUGUGGAUUACGCCAUGGACAUGCUGAUCUGCAGCUCUCUGAUGUCCUCCAUCUCCUUCCUGGGGAUCAUUGCCAUUGACCGCUACAUCACCAUCUUCUAUGCCCUGCGCUACCACAGCAUCAUGACCGCCCAGAGGGCCGUCGUGGUGAUCGUUGCCGUCUGGCUGCUCAGCAGCGUCUCGAGCAUCGUCUUCAUCGUCUACGAGAGCAACGCCGUCAUCCUGACGGUCGUGGUGUUCUUCCUCUCCAUGAUCAUCCUCAUUGUGGGGCUCUACAUCCACAUGUUCACCCUGGCUCACCAGCACGCCCGCAGGAUCUCCAGCAUGCAGAGGAAGCCUCCCGCCACUCACUUCACCAGCAUGAAAGGGGCCGUCACCCUCACCAUUCUGCUGGGGGUCUUCUUCAUCUGCUGGGGACCCUUCUUCCUCCACCUGAUCCUCAUCAUCACCUGCCCCAAACACCCCACCUGCCGCUGCUAUUUCAGAUACUUCAACCUCUAUCUCAUCCUUGUCAUCUGCAACUCUGUGGUGGACCCAGUCAUUUAUGCCUACCGGAGCCAGGAACUCAGGAAAACUUUGAAAGAGAUGGUGUGGUGUUGUUGGUAAAGGAGGGAAGAGAAGCUGGGCGGAGGAUGCAAAAGGUGCCGGGGGGGGGGGGCUUCCACGCCCCUCAGAGGUAACAGAGGGGGCCCCAGGCACUGGGCUAGUCAGGGAGCUGAAGUGCUCCUCCGAGAAAGCACCCGAGGCUCAGAUCCCACACCCGUCGCAGGCAGGAAACAAACCGGUGGAUGCCAUCUUUUGUCUUCUGAUGAUCUUCAGGCUCGAGGCACAGUCCGAUGCUGCUGCUGACCUCGCUGUUGCUUCCCUGCCGGUGUCUGAGGCAACCCGCUCUUCCAGCUGCUGUUGGGCUACAAUCCCCAUCAACCCUGACUAUUGCUCACUGAGCCCCGGGAUCAUGAGAGUUGUAGGUCAACAGCAGCUGCAGGGUCCAAGUUAUGUGCACCUCCAGGAGGAGAGAGCUCAGAUUCCAGGCCCACAGACAUAAAGAGCUGUUUCUGGUAAUGUGAACAAAGCAGAGGGUGAUGGAUCCUGCAGUGUAUUCAUCACACAAAAGGGAUGUGUGUGCAUGUGCGAGUGAACUCUGGGCUGUGCAGAGUAAGAAAAAUA